AUGCCGAAGGAAGACGGCCAUGUCAGUGUCGAGGAACGAAGCCAGAGGUCGGCUUUGGCCGUGCUCGCGCUCCAUCGAACCUGGAAUUUUGACGAGACAGGCGAGGAUGGAGACCACCUCGCAACUUACAACUUCUGGUAUCACACUCGCGUGGCCCGGAUUUUUGAUCAACAGGUCAACCAUGUGGCGGUUCCCGUAUCAGGAGACGAGAUUAUCUCCACAAACGCGGCCUACAGUACGCAUCUCAUCUCGCUCUCGUCUCGUCUCAUCUCAUGCAAGACAGCACUAUGUACAUUCCAAGCUACGGCAUCUCAAACCGAACGAGUCAAGCUAAGCACGGAACGUAGCUACCGGCGGGAGCACGACUAG